AUGGGUGCUGAGGUCUAUCACAACCUCAAGAGCAUCAUCAAGAAGCAGUACGGCAUGGAUGCCACCAACGUUGGAGAUGAGGGUGGAUUCGCUCCGUCCAUUCAGGACAAUUUCGAAGCUCUCAACCUUCUCGUGGAAGCCAUUAAGGCGGCUGGACAUGAUGGUAAGGUGAAGAUUGGUACCGAUAUUGCCGCUUCCGAGUUCUUCAAGGAGGGUGGGAUGUACGACUUGGAUUUCAAGAACAAGGACUCCGACAAAUCGAAGUGGCUAAAGGGAGACCAACUUGUUAAGGUGUACAUGGAGUUCGUUGACAAGUACCCUAUGGUGUCCAUUGAAGAUCCUUUCGAUCAGGACGACAUUGCAGCUUGGACGAACAUGCAGAAGGAGCUUGGAAGCAAGAUCCAGAUUGUCGGUGAUGAUCUGCUCGUCACAAAUCCCAAGCGUAUCGCCUGGGCGAAAGAACAUGACGCUUGUAAUGCCCUGCUGCUGAAGGUGAACCAAAUCGGAUCCGUAACCGAGUCCAUUGAAGCCGUGAAGCUUGCACAGUCCUACGGAUGGGGUGUCAUGGUCUCCCAUAGAUCUGGUGAGACUGAAGAUACCUUCAUCGCUGACCUCGUCGUUGGUCUCGGAACAGGCCAGAUAAAGACCGGGUCCCCCUGCAGAUCUGAAAGACUUGCCAAGUACAAUCAGAUCAUGAGAAUCGAAGAAGAGCUCGGCACUAAUGCCUGCUUUGCGGGUGUGCACUUCAGGAAGCCGUGCGUGUAA